CUCAAUUCAUUGUCCUCACUUUCAGCGUGGGCGUCGGCAAACCUCGCGUUUCUCAUUGCUACCACCCUUCCAAGCAUGGGCGCCCCAUAAUAAACACCCAACCCCACCUCGGAACAGGUCCAGCUUCCAAUCCCUUUCGCGUUCUUCUCCAUCGCACUCCUCCAACAUGGCUUCAACGUACGAUCAAGCGAACGGGAUGAACGGCCACGCCGCUCUAUUUCCUCCCCCGCGAUACUCGGAGAUUCCCCCGGCAAUCUCUGUCGCAGUCGCCGAAGUCGAUGGACCAAUCGAUGUCGAAAUCUCCCUGGACGAGGACAUCCAAGACGACCCGACGGAGCUCUGCACGCUGCUGGAAAAUGAACAGAGCGACAAGAGCACGUGGGUCAAGGUCGCCAUUGCAUAUGCAAAGCACAAGAAGCUCGACGUUGCGAUAGAGGUGCUGAGCAGGGCCGUGGGCGCCUUCACAAGGGCACGCGCAGAGGACAGGCUGAGCAUUUUGAAUGCUCUCUGCUGGUUGUAUCUUCUCAAGUGCCGCGAAGCUCCACGCGUCAAACCUGACGGCCAACUGCCUUCCGAGGCCAGGACCAAGGAUUUCUAUAUGCAAGCCGCCACCAGCGUUCUCAACGAUGCAUCCCGCAUCAGCCCGUCAUACCCCCCCCUCUUCCUCGCGCGUGGUGUCCUCUAUCUCCUCCGUGCAUCUCUUCAAGCGCCCUCCACCGCAGCUGGGCCGGGCCAGAUCAGCGCCGAGCGCUUGGAGACGCUGAAACAAGCAGCAAAGUGCUUCGAAGAUGCCCUCCGAUCCUCAGGCGGUAAGAACUUGAUGGCCAAGAUGGGAAAAGCCAGAGUGAAUUACUCCAUGGGCAAAUGGGCGGAUGCCUUGAAGCUCUACCAAAACGUAUUGGAGAGCUCUCCUGACUUGAUUGAUCCGGACCCACGGAUUGGGAUUGGAUGCUGUUUCUGGCAGCUUGGCUUCAAGGAUGAUGCAGCCGGAGCCUGGCAGCGAGCGCUCGACCUGAAUCCCAAGUCAAAAGUCGCCCUCAUCCUCCUCGGAAUCUACAACUUCCACCUUACAGCCCGUCUUCCACCUUCCGACCCACAAUUCGUAACUCUGUCGAAGAAAGCAAUGGGCCAAUACAUCGCGCCUUCAUUUCAGCUGGACAACAAGUUCCCCUUGACCUGCGCAACCCUCGGCAGCUGGUACAUUGUGCGAAAAGGACUCGACAAGGUCGAGGUUCUUGCUCGACGCGCCAUCGAACUGACCGACGUCAAUGCCAUUGCCAGUGACGGCUGGUACCAGCUUGCCCGAAAGGAGCAUCAGAACGAAGACAUUACGAAAGCCAUGGAUUACUACACAAAAGCUGACCAGGCCCGCGGAGGCGAUGAACGAGGCUACAUACCCGCCAAAUUCGGCUCCGCCCAGAUGAGAGUUCUGAUGCAGGACAACGACGGAGCCAAGUUUCGACUAGAGAAAAUCCUUCAGCAGCAGCCCAUCGUAGAGGCGCAGACUCUACUGGGUACCCUUUAUGCAGAAGACGUCUUCACUGCCCAGACGACAAAGUCAAAAGAGGAUAGAUCAGCCGAGCUGAAAAAAGCACUGAAGUAUCUUGAAGAUGUGAGCAAGGCCUGGAAAGACCCGAAGAAGAAACAAACGCCUGACCAAGCUGUUCUCCUAAACCUCGCUAGACUCUACGAAGCUGAUCAUCCCGAUAAGAGCCUUAAAUGCCUAGAAGAGGUUGAGCAGAUGGAACUUGAUGAAAUCCCUGAGGAAGACUACCCUGAAGGAAUCGAGGACGAUGUUUCAGCGAAGGCGGCACUCAGGGAGCUCUUGCCCCCGCAGUUGCUCAACAACAUGGGCUGCUUCCAUUACCAGAGCGAACGCUAUGCCCAAGCCAGGGAUCUAUUCCAGGCUGCUCUCAAUGCUUGUGUGAAGGCCGCAAGCAAGGAUGAAACAAUCGACACUGAUGCCCUCGUCACCACUGUCAGCUACAAUCUGGCUCGGACCUACGAGUCAGAAGGAAUGCUAGACCAAGCGAAGGAGGUAUAUCAGGGGCUUCUGAACCGACAUGCCGAUUACAUAGACGCCCAGAUUCGACUUGCAUACAUCAAUUUGCGACAGAGCCCAACCGAUGAAGGCCCAAAGGCAGUUGCGGAGCUCUUCUCCGACAAAGAAAAACAGAAGAACCUUGAAGUUCGAGCGCUCUACGGAUGGUAUAUCAGCAAAUCCAAGAAGCGGACUCUGAAUUUUGCCGAGGAUCAGGAGCAACGACACUACAAGCAUACACUCCAAUUGUGUGACAAGCACGACCGAUAUUCCCUUACGGGAAUGGGCAAUAUCCACUUGGCCAUCGCUCGAGAGAUGCGGAGAGACACUGAACAGGAUAAGGAAAAGCGCCGAAAGACAUACGAAAAGGCUGUCGAGUUCUUCGACAAGGCGCUGCAGCUGGACCCAAAGAAUGCCUAUGCCGCCCAGGGUAUUGCCAUUGCCCUGGUGGAAGACAAGAAGGAUUUUGCGACAGCUCUUCAAAUAUUCACCAAGGUGAAGGAGACGAUGAAGGAUCAUAGUGUCUACAUGAACCUGGGCCACACCUACUGCGAGAUCAAGCAGUAUGCUCGCGCUGUUGAAAAUUAUGAAGCCGCUUUAGCCAAAGAGAAAGCGCGCGACCCAACAAUUCUUGCCUGUCUCGGACGAGUCUGGCUCCUUCGAGGAAAGCAAGAGAAAAGUGUUCAAGGGAUGAAGACUGCCCUUGAUUACUCAAAACGGGCGCUCGAAGUGUCACCCGAACAGAUCCAUUUCAAGUUCAACGUCGCAUUCGUUCAAUUCCAAAUCGCGCAACUCAUCCAAGGCCUCCCCGACUCACAGCGCACACUCGCCGAGGUCGAGGCUGCAGCCGCUGGCCUCGAUGAAGCUAUCGAAUCCUUCACUGCCAUUGCCAGAUCACCCAACCCACCCUUCCCAAAGAACGACAUUGACCAACGCGCAAGUAUGGGUCGGAACACCAUGCGCAAACAGCUCGAGCGUACCCUCCAAAGCCAACGCAAAUAUGAAGAAGAAAACGCUGCAAAGCUCCAACAAGCCCGCGAACUCCGCGAUGCCGAGCUCCGGAAACGCGAAGAGGAGAGACGAAAAGCAGAAGAAGCGGCUGCGGAACAGAAGCGCAAAAUUCAAGAGGAGCGGCAGAAGAUAGAAGAACGGGAUCGGGAGUUUAUAGAGAAGCGUCUAGAAGAAGAAAAACGACGACAAGAGUUUGUUGAAGAGAUUGAAAACCGCAAGACCGAAAGGAGCAGUAAUCGUAAAAAGGGCGGCAAGAGGAAGAAGAAGGGUGAUACGGAUGAAUCUGAGACUGAAGGUCUAGACUCAGACGCUGCUGACCGUCCUAGGAGACGUAGGACCAGUGCGAGCGGAACAGAGGGGCUGUCAGAGACAGAGCGUCCGAGGCAGAAGAAGAGGAAAUUGGAGAGGAAAGGUGGGAAGCCGAAUAAAUUCAAGUCGGAUGAAGUCAUUAUCGACAGUGACUCGGAAGGUGAGGCUGAUCUUCCGGCCGAUGAAAAUGGUGCUGGUAGCGCUAGAGGAAGCAGUGAGAGUGCAGAUGAAGCGGUCUCAGCACCCCGUCCCCGCAAGACUGCUCGUGUCAUCAACGAGGACGAAGACGAGGAAGAGGCGGGUUCUCCGGGGACUCAGAACAACGGUAAUACAACUAUGGUGGAUGAAGAUGAGGACGAGUAGCUCCAUCUUUCUUUUUUGCCAGCCCGGGUCUGUGGCUUAGGUGAUUUUUGUAUGCAUUAGCGCUCUGGCGUCUUUGGAAAUCCGUUUUCAUAUUCCUCCCGGAGAUCAAUCGGCGGUGGACUGGCGGAUCUAUAUUUGGUGAGAUGGGUACUGGAAUAAAGUUCAAGUGUGUUGUUUGUUUGGGAACAAACACUUGCUAAAAUCAUGUAAUUGAGAGUGUUUAUCUUUAACCCACCCCGUCCAUAUAGCUACUAGCUAC